UGAGGAUUUUCGGCCACGCGCUUUUCUCAAGCAGUCAGGGAUGUAUGCGCACGCGCUCCGAAGAACGCUAGUUGAUUGUAUUGUAUAAGGCGCGUGUACAAUUCGCGCUGUUAUUAACUUGUUUUCAGUAUUUUGUUACUUUUCUCCUCUUCGAAACAGAGUUAACCUUGUAACCUUAACGGUAAGGAAUUUAAAAGUUUGGACGGCAGGAGUUUGACGAAACGACAUCGGUUUGUUUGUGCUGAGGCAGAUUAAAGCCCGGUAAUGGCCACUUGUUGGUGGAGAUAUCGGUGCCGGAUCGUUCUCUGCAUAUGUACACCAUGUAUACUACUUGGAUGCCUUUUUGUCUACAUAAUAUUGGCUUUAAGUUUAGCCAUGGCUCACACCUACCCAUCUGAUGUGCAAAUGACAAUCGAUCAUCUGCCAGACGGACACUUUAUAGCCAAGGGGACCACUAAUAACAACACACUGGCCGCCUACCCAGCUCAGCCGUUUUGGAAACUAGAUCUGAACAAAGCAGCAUUUUGGAACCUGAUCCAACAUGUAAUGGACCGUGAGCAUAACCCCAUCCUUCAAGGCUCAAGAAAUAUCUCUGGUAGAAACAUUACACAAUUGAACCAAAAUGGAUGUUUUCCAAACUAUGGGGGGAUAUGGAAAAUGGCAGAUUAUUUCACUCUACCACAUCAAAUGCAAAGGUUUAUCAUUUCCAUGCACUGUAGAGACUACCAACUGCUCAUCGACCAGCCAGCAGUGUGUGCCAAAACAGAAAAGCCUCCAAUGUUGCUGCUGGCUAUUAAGUCUCAGGUGCCUAACUUUAAGAACCGCCAAGCCAUCAGGAUGUCUUGGGGGUAUUCAGGUCUGGUGAGGGGGCUGGUGGGGAAAGGAGGAAUAGUGCGUAGAGUUUUUCUUUUGGGCAAGCUUGAUGAAGAAAAUAAAGAAGGUAUUAAAAAGGAGAGUGCAAUGUAUAAUGACAUUUUAAUGUGGGACUUCAUGGACACCUUCUUCAACCUAACAUUGAAGGACAUACUGUUCUGGAAGUGGUUCUCCGAGCGCUGCCAAAAUGCCCGCUUUGUCUUUAAGGGUGAUGAUGACGUCUUUCUGAGGACACCUGCUGUCCUGGACUACUUGUGGGACCAGGAAAAACUUCACUUAAAAAAACAUGGACGCACCAAAAAAAUGGAUGAUUUUCUUGUUGGGGACAUUAUCACCUCUGCAGUACCUCUGCGCUUGGCAACUAAUAAAUAUUUCAUCCCUGAAAGUUUCUAUAAAGGCUUGUACCCGACUUAUCCAGGUGGAGGAGGAGUAAUCUACUCUGGUGCUCUGGUUCCCAGACUUCUCCACAUGUCCAGGAGAGUUCAUCUCUUCCCUAUUGAUGAUGUUUACAUGGGAAUGUGCCUUCAAAGGCUGGGAGUCAGCCCCAUCAACCAUCCAGCAUUCCUCACGUUUGAUUUUAAUGCUGAAGAAGCGAAAGCCCCCUGUGCCCAUCACACUAUCCUGUUGGUCCACAAACGCAGUCCCAUACAAAUGUUAAGAUUAUGGACAGAGAUCAUAAUACCAAGCACUAAAUGUAAAACUGCAACCCUUAGAACAAGAGAGAAAGAAUAAGACAUACUUUUUAUUGAACCUGAUAAACGAAACCAGGAGUAACCUGACCUCUUUGGGAAGCAAAAACAUUUGGGUUUGACAGGUUUUGAGAGAUAACCUGUCUCCCUUGACUACUUAUAUUUGCUGUGGAACAGACUGCAAACACAACUCAGUGCCAGAACUAACUAUUACUGAUUCUGUAUUAUGAAGCUGAAUUCCAAGAAGUGCGAACCUUAAAAUAACUAUGUAAACACAGUUGUCAUUUACACUCAAAUAUUUGAAGUAUUCACCAAGUAGAAUGAUAACUUUUGUCCACCAAAGACACACCUCUCUCUCUCUCUCAUAUAUAUAUAUAUAUAUAUAUGAGAAAGAGACUAAUGAGUGUGUGCAAACAAAGAGAAAUGAUAUGGUUUUAAAAUGAUAAUUGGCACCUUAUUUGCCUAUAUGUUUAUAAAUACCACCAUUUGACUGAAUGCAUUCUUUGAAUACUUCGGAGGGGGGGUUAGAAGGAAAAAGCUUAUUCAAACAGAACACAGAGUUCUAAAAUACAAAAAGAGUUCUAAUAAAAUAAUACCCAACGUCCCAAUGCAUUUAUAAAAAUGUAUGACUUUAAAUUGAGUAAAUGAUUUUUAUAGCAAUUGAUUAAAAAAUAAAUAAAUGUGAUUAUUAUUUAACUCUUAUGGAUUAACUCUUGAUUUCAAAAGCAGGACAUUUUCCCUUAACAAAUGCUUGCAGCAAAUAUACAUCAGAUUCUAGUCUAAUACAAAAUAAGAAAUGUUUAUUGCCAUAUGUACACAAAUAAUACAAAAUGUCAACACACCAGAUCUUCUUGAAACAUGUAAUCGUAUAUACAUAGAGACGAGGUCUUUACCCACUUUAAAAAUUAAAUCAACUGAUGAUCUUGCACUGACAAUUGUUUUUUAAUCUGCUCCAAAUUCUUUUGUUUAACAUUCAUGGUUCGUUUGUAGAGUCUAAUGAUUAUAUGACUAUUCAAAGAAGGAUUAGAUGUAGAGAAUUGACUAAAAGUUCUCUUCUCCUUCAUCUUUGUCCUCUUUUUCAUCAUCGUCAUCUUCAUCUGAGUCUUCAUCACUCUCACUGUACUGCACAGUGGCUCGGUUUGUGUUAAC